CCUCGUUCUUUUCUCUUCUUCCUAGCUCUUCGUCUUCUUUAACCUACUCUUUACACGCGGGGCUGUCGAUGUCGCAGCGCGGGGGAGGCGGAGGCGGAGGCGGAGGGCGUCGCGGUCGCGGCCGGGGCCGCGGCCGCGGCGGCGGCGAGUACAACUACCCUAGGGAGCCUCCGACGGGCGCGGAGGCGCCGUACGCCCAGCGCGGGGGAGGACGCGGCGGAGGGAGGGGCCGCGGCGGAGAUGGUGAGGGGGCUGGUCCGCAGCCGCCUCCUCAUGGUGCUUACCAAGCGCGGCGGCCGCAUGCGGCGGCGGAUGCGCCCUCGUCGUCGUCCUCCUCGUCGGCGGCGGCGGCGGCGGAGGCGCUCGGGGAGGAGGUGCGGAGGCUCACGAUCAGGGAAGAGGCUCCCGGAGCUCCCGCGGCGGCGGCGGCGAAGCAGGAGGAAGCGGCGGCUGCGGUGCCGGUGGCGCGGCCACCAGCGUCGAGCAGGGCUGUGAAGUACACGCCGCGGCCGGGGUUCGGGACCGUGGGGACCAGGUGCGUCGUCCGCGCCAACCACUUCCUCGUCCAGGUCGCGGACGCGGAUCUGUGUCACUAUGACGUCGCAAUCUCUCCAGAAUCAAAAUCAAUCGCCAUCAAUAGAGCUAUUAUCUCCGAACUUGUUAGGCUGCACAGGCCCUCUUUGUUAGGUGGGAGGAUUCCUGCCUAUGAUGGCAAGAAAAGUUUGUACACUGCUGGGGCUCUGCCCUUCGAUGUGAAGGAUUUCGCAAUUAAGCUGCCGGGGGAGAGAGAAAAAGAAUACAAAGUCACUAUUAGAUUUGCUGGAAGGGCAGACUUGCACCAUCUGCAACAGUUCUUGGACGGUCAGCAGAGGGAUAUGCCGCAGGAAACUAUUCAAGUGCUUGACGUGGUGCUUAGGGAGACUCCUUCGACGAAGUAUGUUACUGCAUUGAGAUCAUUCUUCUCUCCCACAUUUGGACAAAGAAGUGAUAUUGGUGAAGGCUUGGAAUGCUGGAGAGGCUAUUACCAGAGUGUCCGCCCUACGCAAAUGGGUCUUUCUUUGAACAUCGACAUAUGUGCUACCUCGUUCUACAAGGCCAUACCUAUUGUAGAUUUUGUAGGAGAGAAUCUGAAGCUUAGCUACAACGCGAGGCCCUUGUCAGAUAGGGAUGUUGUCAAGAUAAAGAAAGCUCUUAGAGGGAUCCGCGUAGAAGCUACUCAUCGGAGAGAUAAAUGCAUUCGUUACAGGAUAAGUGGAGUAACAUCAGUUCCAAUGAAUCAGCUGAUGUUUCCUGUUGAUGAGCAGGGAACAAUGAUUUCUGUGGUACAAUACUUCAGAGAACAAUACAGAUAUUCUUUGAAGUAUAUUCAUUGGCCUUGUCUUCAAGCUGGCAAUGAUAAAAGGCCCAUUUACUUACCAAUGGAGGUUUGCAAAAUUGUUGAAGGACAGAGGUACGCGAAGAAGUUAAAUGAACGACAGGUAGCAAACAUACUAAGGGCAACAUGUCAACGACCGCAACAGCGGGAACAAAGUAUACUGGAGAUGGCUGCUUUUAAUGAUUAUAAGAAUGAUAAAUACGCGAAAGAGUUUGGAAUGACGAUUGCGGAUCAGCUUGUAUCUGUGGAUGCUCGCGUGCUGCCACCGCCGACACUUAAAUACCAUGAGUCUGGCAGAGAGAGGUCUUGCAAUCCUGCUGUUGGCCAGUGGAACAUGAUUAAUAAGAAAAUGGUUAAUGGUGGAACUAUCCAAAGCUGGACGUGCUUGAACUUAUCACGUGUGCCGCCGGGUGAUGUGCAUAGAUUUUGCGGUGAUCUGGUUGGCAUGUGUAACAAUAUCGGGAUGCAAGUCAAUCCCAGGCCGUCUGUCGAAAUUCAGUUUGCUAACCCCAAUAGAUUAGAAGCUGCUUUAGCAGAUGUUCAGAAGAAGUCUAUGGGGCGUCUUCAGCUGCUUAUAGUUAUUUUACCUGAAACUAGUGGCUAUUAUGGAGUAAUUAAGCGCGUGUGUGAAACUGAGCUUGGAAUCGUGUCGCAAUGCUGCUUACCAAGGAAUGCUUUCAGGGGGAAUAACAAGCAGUAUCUCGAAAAUGUUGCUUUGAAAAUCAAUGUGAAGGUUGGAGGUCGAAACACAGUGCUUGAAGAUGCACUUCGCAGUAGGCUUCCUUAUAUAACUGACAGGCCGACAAUAAUCUUCGGCGCUGAUGUCACUCAUCCACCACCGGGAGAGGAUUCUUCAGCCUCAAUCGCUGCGGUGGUCGCCUCAAUGGAUUGGCCGGAGGUCACCAAGUACAGAGGCUUAGUCUGUGCCCAAGAACAUAGGCAGGAGACAAUUCAAGAUCUGUACUCGCUUCACCAAGUACCGGACAGGGGUACUCAGCCUGGUGGAAUGAUUAGGGAGCUCUUGAUUGCCUUCCAUAAAGCAACGAAUCGCAAGCCUGACAGAAUCAUCUUUUACAGGGAUGGUGUUAGCGAAGGGCAGUUUGGCGAAGUCCUGCUAAGGGAAGUUGAUGCUAUUCGUAAGGCUUGUGCUUCACUACAAGAGGGGUACCUUCCUCCUAUCACUUUUGUGGUUGUUCAGAAGAGGCACCACACUCGCCUCUUUCCUGAAGUUCAUGGGAGAAGAGAAAUAACUGACAGGAGUGGGAACAUCUUGCCUGGCACAGUAGUAGACACACAAAUUUGCCAUCCAACCGAGUUCGACUUCUACCUCUGUAGUCAUGCUGGUAUACAGGGGACAAGCAGGCCUACUCACUACCAUGUUCUCUUUGACGAAAACCGCUUCACGGCUGACGGACUGCAGAUGCUAACUAACAAACUUUGCUACACCUAUGCCCGGUGCACGCGCUCCGUGUCGGUUGUUCCUCCGGCAUACUACGCACAUCUGGCCGCAUUCCGCGCCCGAUAUUAUAUGGAGGGGGGCAGUUCGGAUGGAGGGUCGACUUCUGCAGGUGGAAGCCGGAGUCGGGAAAGGCCGGCCGGAGUGAGACAACUUCCAAAGAUCAAAGACAACGUAAAGGAUGUGAUGUUUUAUUGCUGAAGGCCCUUUUUCGCGCGUUAUUGGUCGGUCGGUCCUUUUGAUUAAACAUAUAUACAUAUAUGAGUCUUUUUUUUGUUUUAAACUUGCUGGUGUCUUGGUCAAGUUUUGUCGAUACGGGGUCGUCUCCUGGAACUACAUUACUAACUGCAGUAGGUGUGCUGUGACUUUGCUUGAAACUCUUGUGGUGUUCAUAUUCGGCGGUGCCUGAUUUCUUGGCACAGCUAUACUUCGUAGAGGCGUUAGCUGGAUACGGGUGUUACCUUUGUGUAACUAAAGAUGAUUUCUCUUGAAAUUUAUGUACUUUGGAGGUUUUGUUUGGACAAUUAAAUUGCCACAGAAAAAUUCUAAGCAUUUUUUGUCCCAAAGCUGCUUGCUGUAUAUGUUUAUAUCUUCUCGGAGCAAUUUGUGUGGUUUCUUUCGGUGUAUUUAA